CAUACAUACCUGUCUGCCACGCCAGCCGUACGCUCUUCUACUACAAAAUCUAUGCUUUCUUUCUAGGCUCACAUUAACGCAAUUUUAUAUUUUCAUCAACAAUAAUCUUGCAUAGGCAUAGGCACUCUGCACUUUACAAUCUACAAUGGUCGUCACUCGCAGAACUCCAGUGGUACCAGCACCUCCAGUUUCUCGUACACAGUCUUCACAAGGUCACCAGCGCUCAACUAGAGCAUCCGUAAUACAGGAUGCAUCUGCGAUACCUCGCGUAUCAAGCCCAUUGGCGUCCGGAGACGCGCGAACCGCAGCUAUCAUUACCGGUGCCUCUAAUGACUUCAAGCAACAUAAUGACAAAGAUGCACACAAAAAGCUAAAGAAGAAGGACAGGCCCAAGAAAUCAGGCAAAAAAAAGCGCAAAUCCACUCUACAGUCCCUUCUCGACUUCUUCACCAAUCUCCUUAUAUUCGCCUUCACGAUCUACGUCUUUACCGCCUGCCCCCGUGAGGCACAUCUCCAAUCUCCCGUUUGUCGCGGCCUAUCUGAGUACAAACGUAUCGUUCUCGAUCCGUACGUUAUCCCACCAUUACAGGCCGCGCUUGCGCACCCGUCUAUUGCACCGUAUGUGGACCGCGUCACCGAGGUUGCAAGUCCCAUUAUCCUUCGUACGCACGCAAAUUGGAACAGUCGCAUUGUCCCGCGGUGGGAGAAACGCGUCGUUCCAGUUUGGAACAACCGCGUUGUCCCUGCCUUUACCGCCCAUGUUGUCCCGCAGUGGGAAAAGCGUGUGGUACCACAAUGGCAGAAACACGUCGUCCCCCAAUACGAAAAGCACAUCGCGCCGCAGUUGAGUAAACUCGGACCCUAUGUUGCGCGUGCAGAAUCGUACGUCGAGCAAGCGGAAGCAACGUACACGACGCGCAUAGCUCCGCACGUGCGUACUGCUACUUACAACCUGCAGCGCUGGCAGCAAAAAGCACAACCUUACAUCCUCCUUGCCAUCCAGAAAACUCAGGACACCUAUUAUGCUGCAAAGCCCCACGCGGUGCCCUUGGCUAAGAGAGCCGUUGCUGAGGUGCAGCAUGCGCUUUUGUUCCUAAGGGAACAGAGACGAAUCUUUGUCGACCCCCAUGUGGCACAAUUGUGGGAGAAAGUCAAGGAGCUGAGCCGCGGGUCACCAGCAACUUCAGUGUCUACUUUCGCUCCAUCUGAUGCACCAGACUUCCCAAGCACAGAACCCGUUAUUUCUGAGACAUUGAGGCCGGAAUCAACUUACGCGCCAACCGUACCCAUACCCGGCGAUCAACCUGUUGUGGAAACAGAAUCUCCGCAUGAUACAGCGACCGAGCCAUCCGUUGUGGAAAUUGAAGCGUCUCUAAACGGGGAUGCAACGACAGCCGCAGAAAUUAAGGAGCCCACCGCAUUCGCUGAAGCCGGAACAUCCGAUGAUGCCACGCCGAUGACGUACCUUACCUCACAACCGGCAUCCGCGUCCUCUUCUUAUUCUACCUCAAGCUCUGUGCCGACACCGGUGCAGACCUUCGAGAGCGCAUCGUUUGUCUUAUCAGAGAGUGCGUCAGCUGCUUCCUCAGUCAUAUCAGCUGUUGUCGCCGAUUCCAGUUCGUCUAUCGCUUCGGCAGCCCCCACUGGCCCGGUUUUCUCUGCUGCGUCCAGCUCAGUUCCCGUACAUUUCAGUGACGACGAUGAGAUCGACAUUAGCGCAUUUUACGCCGAACUUGGGCUCGAUGAACCCUUGAUCACAUCCCAGUCUCAGGAGCAAGUGCCCCUCACUCCCCCAGAAUCGGAGGAAGAGCGUGCUGAAAGGUUGCGCCUCAAAGCUGAAGAGACUGCCCGCAAACGUGCCGACAUCGAGGAGCGCCACUCUAAGUGGGAGGCCGAACUUCAGUCUCAAAUGAAGGCUGGUACGUCCACGCUCAAGGACAAGCUCGAAGCAAUUAGGAGCACCGCUGCCGUCGAGCUUGCAGAGGCAGCUGAAAUUCGAGACGCCAUCGAGAGCCUUGUUGCGGACGCGGAGAAGUAUAUCAAAGGCGCCGAGGUCUAUCUCAGGAAUCUGAAGGCAGAGAGCCGGAAGAACGAUGAGAAGAUGCCGCUCUGGGAACGAGUGCUUGAGAAGGUUGGCGUGAAAUUUUCGGAGCGGCUUGGGGUUGUAGAGGCCGUGGUCAACACGUGGUACGGUGUGACCCUCGAUCAGGAGCUGCGAGAGGUUUACGCCGUGACUGCCGAGGUACGUGAAGUCGCGGAAAAAGCCCAAGUUGACCUAGGGCUCGACUACGCGUGGCUGGACGAGGUGACGUACUCAGAUUGGCAGCGGUAUCAUUCCCUGAUUGAUGCCAGCGAGAAAUUUGCUCAUGAAGUCAACUCAAUCCAAAACGGCACGCAUACUACUUUGUCCGUGGAUAAUCCGAUUAUUCCCAUUUUUGAGGACCUCGAGUCGGAAGUCCAGGAUGUGGUCGUUGGAUUUGAAACGCGCUUGAGACGUAUAAAGCGCGACGGCGAGCGUGCGUUUAAUAGCGCCCAGAAGGAUGAGGAGAAAGGAACAGUCACUGAUCCAGAGCCUGGUGUUGAACCAGAGGUCUCGAUUCUUCCAAUUACGGAAGAAGCCACGAGCGAGCAAGCCUAUAUUCCCCCUGUUGUUAUUGGACGAAGCAAGGAGGCGCUGGAGGCGCUUGGGAAGGCUGAGCCCCUGAAGGGAAGUUCAGGGUAUAAUGCUCGCGAAGACGCGGGAGAAGUUUUGUCGAGUCUGGUCCGGGAAGCGGAGGAGGAGCAUUCUGAGAGCACUGCUAUGCCUCACACAGAGCUAUGAAUUUCGAAUAGUAUGUCCUUUCAAUCACAAUCAAUCCCCUGUGGUGUAGUGCUGCCGCAUCAAGUCAAAGGAAAUCAUUCGCCGUCGGAUCACGCCGCUGCGCUCGAAAUGAUGAUUGACGCCCGGGGAAUCCUUGAUGCCGACUGGAUGAUUAUGAUUCUCAGGGUGCUCAUCAGGGACUAGCCACGCUACAAAGACCCUCAUUCCCUGAAGGAUG